GAGUUUGUUUCUUUUAUACAUAACCUUUCUGUUUUCAAAUGAGAAAUGCUCAUUUACAGAUCAAAAAUUAGAUGUACAGAGUAUUUCCUCAAAUUUCCUUUGACUUUCCAUUACAGUUGGCAAUCCACUAUGCAAUUUGUUGGCCUCACUAUGCUCAAAAAAAAAAAAAAAAUCAAGAAACAGAUACUAAAACUAUUUGUAUCCAUCUGCCUCAGGGACCACAGUCAGAUGGUACGAUUUCAGUCAGGGUAUUGGUGUACUGUAAAAGCAGGAUCUAGAAGGAAAAACUUGCUUGUUCAUUGACUAAGGAAAGGAAGGAAAGACAUUUGUGCUAAGGAUAGCAUAUACUUUUGGGUUUGGUUUUUUUUUUGUUCAUAUAGUGUGCCUCAGGAAUACUUCUCAGCAUUGAAUGGCAGUUGAAAUAAGCCUAGUCAAGCCUAAAUUGAGAUGGGUGCUCAAAGUUUGUCAUACUCUCUUGUCGGGAGUAUAGACUGUCCUCUUAUAAUCUCACACUGGUAUUGAAUUUCAGCAGACCAAGCUUUUUAGAAGUGCCAGGUGUAAUGAAUUGAGAUAAAUGAUGAAAAGUGCUGGCAGUUAAUUAACUUAGUAAACUGGGGUCACAUAUCAAACAGGAAGAAAGAAAAGUAGUGAGAAGAAAGGAAAACUGAUACUAGACCUUGUCCUAGGAGGUAAAAGAUUAUAUGAGAAAAAGGAGCAAAUUGAAUUUGCAAAAUUAAAUGGAAAGAAAUGGAUGGAUUUGGAAUAGCAUUCAUUAGAACAUAAGAUUAUUUACAGUAAAGGUUCCAAGAGAAGAAGGAAUAUAAGUCAGUAAAACAGAAUGACGCUGAAAUAAUGUCUGUACACAUCUGCUUUUGCACACUCUGAAUUUUACAAUAGCCUCUAACUGGGUUUGUUUUGCUGAAACAGUUGUGAUUCUUUUUAUGGAGAAACUGCAAAUGCUGAAAGAGGUACUAUAGGAAUACUUACUCAUAUUAAAGUUUAGCAUUUGUUAUUUAAUAUGCAAUAUCCUCUGGGUUUGAAUAGCCAAGUCUUUAUUGAAUUUCUGGUGUGGGUGUCUCCAUUCAUCUGUGGAAUGAAAAAUCUACAUUUGAGCAUAUGGAGCUGGAGAUCAGUGACAAAUGGUGUCCCUCAGGGUCAGCACUGGGACUGUUGCUCUUUAAUAUCUUCAUCAGUGACAUCAACAUUAAGAUCAAGUGCACUCUCAGUAAGUUUGCAGAUGGCACCAAGCUGUGUGGUAUGGUUAACAUGCUUGAGAGAUGGGAUGUUAUUCAGAGAGACCUAAUGAGCCCAGGUGAACUUCAUGAAGUUCAAGAAAAGCAAGUGCAAGGUCUUGUACCUGGGUCAUGUGCAUGGGAAUUGCCAGUUCAUGGCCUGAACCAAAGGCUGAGCACCUAACCAAGGGAGCUCAAGUGCAAGCAUUGCACCUGAGUGACCCUGGGCCCACCCCUCCUUACUUGCAUUUAAGGGUUAGCAGCUGAGUAGCAUCUCUGGAUAGAGAUAGUGCUCUUCUUGAGCUGUCACCAGUCAUCAGAAAGGGUGAGCUAUUUUUUCUUCUUGUCAUCUUCCUUUGCUCCAUAGUGCUUGUAUCCCAGUAGAAGCCAAUGCUGUUGCCUUCCUUUGCUCCACAGUGGUGACAAACCCCACUGUCAAUACAAGCAGGAGGACAAAAAGACAGAGGGCAGCCCUGUUGAAAAGAUCUUGAGGGUACUGGUAGAUGGCAAGUUGGACAUGAGUCAGCAACUUGCCAUCACAGCCUAGAGUGCCAAUCACGUCCUGAGCUGCUUGGAAAGAACUGUGGCCAGGGGGUUGAGCAGGGCGAUCCUGCUUCUCUGCUCUGCGCUGGUGAGGCCUCACCUCUGUGUCCAGAUGUGGAGUCCUCAGCAUAGGAGAAACAUGAACCUGUUGGACCCUGUGACCGGGUCACAAAUGUGAUCCCCUGUGAGGAGGGGCUGAAAGACCUGAGGCUGUUCAGCUUGUAGAAGAGAAGAUUCUGGGGAGACCUGAUGUAUGUAUGUCUUUCAGUAUCUAAUGGGGGCUGUAAGAAAGAUGGAGACAGAUCAUUUAGCAGGGUCUGUGGUGACAGGGCAAUGGGAAAUGGUUUCAAACUUGAAUGGGGGAGAUUUAGAUUGGAUAGAAGGAACAAGAUUUUCACAGUGAGGGUAGUGAAGCAAGGGAACAGGUUGCACAGAGAGGUGUAGAUGCCUUCUGUUUGGAGACAUGGAAGGUCAGGCUGGACCAGGCUCCCAGCAAUGUGAUCUAGCUGUAUGUGUCUGCUCGUUGCAGGGGAAUUGGACUCGAUGAUCUCUGAAGGUCCUUUCCAACUAAACAGUUCUGUGAUUUCAAUAGCAGCAUAGCUAAUUAGCUGUUGGCACUAUGUGGGCAUGCUUUUAUGCAUACAGACAAGGAGGCAGUAAAAAAUUGACCUUAAAUGUAAUUUACUUUUGUUGCUGUUUGGAUAAUUUAAAAGCUGUCAGCCCUUGCUUAUUGAAGGUGUCAGGAAAUUUUCAUUUGUUGCCCAUGUGUUCCAUGUUAACAAUGCAACAAAUCCUGUUGUGUUAGAGCGUGCAGCUGUAAGUGAUGAUGUAGAGCAAAUGACAUCAGUGCACAGUGCACUACAUGAAAAUGCAGGGUGAAACUAACUUCUGAGACGAGCGCUAAAGAAAAGUUUGUCAUCUGAAUAACUGGCUUGAGCUCUGUCUGUUGCAAAAAUCACGUUUUAAGGCCUGUGGGGAUCAGUUCACAAAAGCUUUGAGGGUAAGUGUUAGGUAAAUUAAAAAGUAAACCUAGCUUCAAUACUCCAUAUCCAGUCAUAGAAAUUGUAAAGAGCUUUUGACUUUGUGGCUUAAAUUUGAUGGCAAGGGAUAAUUGGAACGAAGUUCUGUGAUAGAAAACUGUUUCUUACAGGACUAUUUCUUACAACACAUGACCAAGUGGUAUGUGUAUUUUAUGUGCUGUGCUGUAUAAAUGUAACUAAGAAUGUCUCUGUGAAAGAGGAAAUGGAUCUGAUAACAAGGAGCUGGAACUGAUGCAUGAUGAGUUGAUACUGUGAGGUGUUUGUGGUGAAAGGAUCUGUAAAAAAGGAAGAAGUAUGAUGCUGUACUAAGGAAUAACUUAGACAGUAAAUAAAUGGUUUAAAAAUGAAUUUGCUCAGUUGAGAAGUAGAAGUAAAAACAGUGCAAGCAUCUGCUUUGCCUUUUUAUUACUAGGAGAGCAGCAGAAAUGAAGUUAAGAGAAGAAUAGAAGGUGUUUUAUUCAUGUUCUAGUAAAAAAUAAAAUGAUCAAGAUUUGGUUGAAAGCAUUACUCACUUGUGAGGGUAUAAGAGUGAAUGUCCAAAAAUGAGGUGCUUAGCAAAAAUUAUGAUGUAUCCAGGAGAAUUUGGAAUGGAAAUGUCUGUGGCAACUGCAACAUUUCUCACCGCUGUCCAUCUAGAAUGGCUGGAUGUAGUGGAGCUUUUGCUGUUGCAGUCUUUCAGUAUGGAAAUAAAGCCAUUUGGGAAUGUGAGGUAGGGGUGGAAGUGAGAAUACAUGUUGCCUCUUCCUUCACCUGUCCGUAUCUUGUUGCUAUGAUAUUGCACUCAGGAAUGGACCUGUGUUAUGGUUUCUCAUUCUUUGCUUUCUUCUUUCUCAUCUCAUUCAAAGGAACCUCACCGGAGCUGAGGAGGCACUGCUCUGUUGUCUUUUUUUGUGCGUGCAAAAAAACUGAAGUCUGAAAAUCUUAACAGAUUUACAUGUAAAAAGAGUGAGGAUGUUCUACAUUGUUCUGAAUAUAGAAUUAAAACAAGCCUUCCUAACUUAGAUUCCAGAAGACUGUUGUGAGACUACAUCUACAGUUUUUAGGCACCUUAGUAGCUGCAUAUUUAUAGUAUUUUAUGACAGUAUGACAAGCAGCACAAUAUAUGAAUAUUCUGAAAUAGCAACCAGUUAGAGCUCGCGUGGUGUUUGUACAUACGUUAUAGAAAUCGUUUUACUCCUCUGGACUGGGGAAUUCUGUGACCCCAAUUUUCUUUUGCUGUAACAAAUUGUAAAUUGCCUUAAGUGUGAAUGCAUGUCUCAUGCACUAAACAGAUGCAGUGAUAGAAACAUGAGAUCCUUACACAGGAUUAUUACAGAACGGGAUAUUCAGUUGAAUUUUUUUAUUUUUUGACUGAACACUGUUUUUAUAUGAAUACAAUGAAUAGUAGGAUUUCAUGGGUCUUGAGGAAGCCGACUUUUUUUUCUGCUGUGAUUCCUGGAGAAUGCUGUUCAACAAGAGAACCUCCUAUUUUUAGCUGACAACACUGACCCAGCAGCAGAAGAGGUGAUAACUCCUGAUGUCUGCUGACCCUUUCACCAGCUUUUCUUUUGUCAGCUGAGUCUUCCAUGUGCAUACGUGCCUUAGAAGGAAUAUGUGAGUACUGUCUGAAAGGAAAAUCCGGAGCACUUCUGUUACAUAAGGGCUGUUAUGUUUUCCAUAAAGCCAUUAUGUGAUCAAGGUAUAUUCUUUCAAAAGAAAUCAAUAAUGUGUUCCCUUUUUCAGCUUAGAUAACACAUAUGUUGUCAUAAAUACACAUGUAUAUAUUUCUAGCUGCUUUUCCAAUGCCCAGCUAUAGCUAUAGCUGCUAUAGUAAAUACCUGUGUAUGACCAGACACUGGAUUCAGCUAUGCACACUGGGUACUUGAAAAAACAGCAUCUGCAGUAACUGCAUUUAAUAGAAGGACUUACUUAUAGGUAAUGUUGGAAUGUGAUCUCCUUCAGUAGGACAAGAAGCACUUAAUAAUAAAUAUACCUCCCCAAUGUGAAUCUUAUGAAAAGCUUCUUCAAGCAUGGUACUUAAGUGUAGAAAAUUUCAGCUUUAUGUGCACUACAACACCAUAGAAAUCUAUUCAUUUAUAACAAAACUUCUGCUGUUUCAGACAGUAUUUUAUGACCUUAGAGAGAUCAGCUGAUACACAGUGCUGACUUCUGAUAUGAGUGCCAUACUAAGACCCACUUGGAAUUAAAUCUGGCAAGGGAUAUCAAGGGCACCAGGAAGGCCUUCUUUAAAUAAGUAUAUCACAAUCAAAAGGAAAACCAGAAAAACAUGGGCCUACUGCUGAAUAAGGUGGCUAUAAUUGUAACGGGCAAAACUGUGUAGGGGAAAUCCGGUAGCCUUCUCUGACAUCAUCGGCUGGGUAGACACAGGGAGAGCUGUGGAUGUUGUGCACCUUGACUUCAGCAAGGCUUGUGACACUGUCUCCAGUAUCAUCCUGGUAGGUAAGCUGCAGAAAAGUGGGAUAGAUACGGUGUGAUAUGUAUUGAGAACUGGCUGACUGUCAGAGCUCAGAGGGUUGUGAUCAGUGGUGUGGAGUCCAUUUGGAGGGUGGUAUCUGGCAGUGUUCCCCAGUGGUCAGGUCUGGGCCUGGUCUUGUUCAAUAUCAGCAGCAGUGACAUAGCUGAAGAGAGAAGAGUCUACCCUCACUGAGUUUGCUGCUGAUACAAAGCUGGUUAGGGACUGGAGCAUCUUGUUUAUGAGGAAAGGCUGAGGGAUGGGGCGGUUGCCCUCUAUGUUAAGAAGUGGAUAGACUGCUGAGAGCUGCCACUGAGAAACAGCCAUGGUCAUCAGGUUGAGAGCUUGUAGUUCAAAAGUGGGGACCAGACUAAUAAUGGGUGUCUGAUGGUUGGGAUCUACUAUAGGCCAUCUGAUCAAGGAGAGGGGGGGAGGGCUGUUGACCAGGCCUUCCUGCCUCAGCUACAAAAAGCAUCAUGCUUGCAGGCUCUCAUCGUCACAGAGGAUUUCAACUACCCAAAUACCUGCUGGGAAGGCAACAGGGUGAGCUGCAAGCAACCCAGUAGACUCUGAGAAUAAGUUCUUGAUACAGGUGUCUGACAAGCCACCCAGAGGUGGAUUGUUAAUGGACCUGGUGCUCACUACUGUGGAUCAUUAAAGAGGUUGAGACUGGUGGCAGCAUGGGCUGUAGUGACCAUGUCCUGGAUGACUUCAUGUACUUGAGGAAUAUUAGCCUAGUAAAGAGCAGAGCCAGGACUGUGAACUUCAGGAUAUUUAAGAAAUUGUUGGAAGAGAUCCCUGAGAAACUGUACUUAGGGGUAUAGUAGCAGGACAGAGCUGGCAGCCCUUUGAUGAGAGAGUAAGAGCUCUCCAUCCACCAGCAUAAGAAAUCAAGCAGAGGAGGCAAGAAACCAGCAUGACUGAUGAAGCCCUUGCUGAUCAAAAAGAGGGAUAAGAAGGAAAAGCAUAGGCAGUGGAAGCAGGGAUGAGUGGCCUGGGAAGAAUGUAGGUAUGCUGUUAAGGCAUGUAGAGAUGAGAUAAGGAAAACAAAGGUGCAUAUGGAACUGAAUUUGGUAACGGAUGUAAAAAAUAGCAAAAAGGGAUUCUAAGGUACAUUGUUCAGAAAAGAAAGGCAAAGGAGGGUUAUCCCCUUUGAUAAAUGAGAAGGGAGAACUGGUUCCAGGCAUGGAAGUUAAGGCACUCAGUGAGUUCUUUGCCUCUGAUAGUCAGACUUUCUGUGCCUCACGUGUCCCUGAACAUCUACUUGGGGGCUGGGGGAGCAAAUCCCUCCCACUUUAAGAGUGGAGCAAGGCCAAGACUGCCUCAUGAGACUGGAUGUAUACAAGCCGAUGGGGUCAGACAACAUGCAUCCUGGAGUCCGGAAGGCAUUGGCUGAUGUGGUUGCAAAGCCACUCUCUACCAUAUUUGAUAUUUGUCCUGUGAGGAGAGGCUGAGGACACGUGGGCUGUCCUGUCCUGAGGAGGCCAAGAGGGGAAGCAGAGAGAGGUACUGGGCUCUGUGCCUGGUCGUUGGUGUCUGGACUGGGAAGAGAAACGUAGAGGAAGAAACCCUGCAGGCUUGGAGUGCGCUAGAGAUACCAAGAUGUUCCCUUCUACUUCUCCCUCACGAAGGCCCGCCUGCAGUACUGCAUUCAGGUCUGGGGCCCUCAGCAGAAGAACAAUGUGGAGAUGUUGGAACAGGUCCGGAGGAUGGCCACAAAGAUGAUCAGAGAGCUGGAGCACCUCUCCUAUGUAGACAGGCCGAGGGAGCUGGGCUUGUUCAUCCUGAAAAAAGGAAGGCUCCAGGGAGACCUUAUAGUGGUCUUCCUGUACUUAAAGGGAGCUUGUAGGAAGAACGGGAAGAGACCACAGAAGCAUGUAGGACAAGGGGCAAUGGUUUUAGACUAAAAGAGAGUAGACUUAGAUUAAACAUUAGGAAAAGAUUAUCUCCUCAGAGGGUGAUGAGGCACUAGAACAAGUUGCCCAGAGAAGUUGUGGAUGCCCCAUCCCUGGAGAUGUUCAGGGCCAGGCUGGAUGGGGCUUUGGGCAACCUGGCCUAGUGGAUGUCCCUGCCUGUGGCAGAGGGGUUGGAACUAGGUGGUCUUUAAGUUCUCUUCCAAACCAAACCAUUCUGUGAUCUGGCAGAGGGAUUUAUUGUUUGUAGCGCUUGCAGAAUAAGUAUGCUUUGUGAGUAACAACAUGUCUUUUCACAGCAUGAAAAUAACUGCUCAGAAACAAAACCCUGUCAGCAGCAGUGAUGCUGUAAAAUGAACCCCACAGCUUUAUUUUCUCCUGACGUUUCUGCGUAGCUGUGAGUAGUUGCAGCAGAAUAACGGUGAGAAAUUUGGCAGAAGUGAAAGGUGUUCUGAACAGUGGAGUGCUUUCUUACAGAGAGCACAAAUUGUUCAUUUGCUAGGCAAAUAUAAUAUCUGCAAAAACAAUUAGUAGGUGAAUAACCUGAGUAAAUGACCUCUGAGCAUCACCCAUAGUCCCGUAUUGUUUUCUUAACAUACUACUUUCUUACCUGCUUUUAUUGCCCCAAGAGCUCUCCUUACUAAUGCUUCUAGGAAAUGUGUUGUGUCAAAAACCUCUGGACAAGUGGUCCUGUUAGAGCUGAGCUUCUUGUAUUUCUAAUGCUGGAGCAUUUCUCUGAAAAUUUUGUUUCAGAGCAUGUGUUGACCUUUGUAUGUGUUGUGAUGACCUCUGGUCACCAAUGUUUUGCACCAAGAUGCCAAUGAAAUGUUUUCAUCUGUUGCACAGGCAGUUAUUGAGCCUGUUACCCUACCUGUUGCACCAGCACUUUGUUCUGGUGUUUUUAGAAGGGGACAUGAUUGAAGGAUUCAGGGUGACUAUUGAACAUACAACCAUCCCAGUUACAUGCAAUAUUUUACUUGAUUUUAAAGCCAUCAUCUUCACUGUGAAAUCUGCUAAAUGUCACCGUUUUGCUUAGGUAAAUCCAUCAAAGUAGAGAUGUGUACAAAACAAGGUUUUAAAAAUGCUAUCAGCAUUGCUCAGCAGUUGCCUGAAAUAAUUGCACAGAUAAAUGAAACAGCAUGUCUUUGAAUUAAAGGGUUUCUCUGCAGCGUGCAGCAGUGGCAGGACAGGGCAGGAGGAAGUUGCAUGCUGAGGAUUGGAAUUACAGGGAAGCCUUGGGCUGUUUUAGUUCAUUUUCAUCCUCUUCUUUAGGUCAAGAGUGUGAGGGAUGCAUCUAUAACCCCAAACUGCGAAAGGCCUAUCUUGGCACCUGUUUGAGGAAAAAGUCCAAACAUCUCCUGCCAUCCCAGCAACUGAAAGCAUCAACACUUCCACCCAGAACCUCUGGCUUUAUCCAGUCAACUUUUUUAGGAAGGUUAGUGUUGUCAGUGUAGGCAUCGGUCUAAGAGGAGUUCAGAAUAGAAGAAUGUAAGAUGCCAUGAAGUUGGAUGACGUUUGAAAAUUAAUAUAAAUACAUGAGUGAUACUUUGUUCUUAAUUUUUAAAAAAAUUUUUUUAAAUUUAAUUCAAGUUGUUGCAGAAUUUCUGUUUCACCACACCUGAAAGCUGCAAAUGUGUAUGUUCCUUAGCAAAUACUACGCAAUACAGGAUGGCAGUGGGAUCUUCCUCUUCAGAUAGAGAUGCAUAUUAAUUAUGAAAAUGUAAAGUUGUAUCCAGGGUAGGAUCUGGAGAGUCAUCUCAUUUAAAAACAUGUCUGGCAGACAGGAUUCCUUAAUUCUGCCCAUCUAGCAUAGGCAGAGAAUGCUCACUGCAUUAUGCAGCAGAUAUUAGCAUUUUGUCAUUAUUCCGAGUGUUCAGUUUGUGGCACCAAGCCUUAAUGGAGCUCUGCAGCAGAGUUGCAAACUCCUUCUGUUUAAAGGUCACCUCAUCCAACAGCUCUAAAAACUGCAGUCUCAUUUGUAUUGUGCUAAAAUAUGUGUCCCGUGCAUAUGGGUAGUUUUAUUGGGACAAACAAGGCAGAAGUUCUGGAGACAGAAGAGUCUAAUGGGAGCCUGAUCCAGCCUGACCUUCCAUGUCUCCAAACAGAAGGCAUCUACACCUCUCUGUGCAACCUGUUCCAGUGCUUCACUACCCUCACUGUGAAAAUCUUGUUCCUUCUAUCCAAUCUAAAUCUCCCCCAUUCAAGUUUGAAACCAUUUCCCAUUGUCCUGCCACCUCAGAUCCUGCUAAAUGGUCAGUCCCUUUCUUUCUUAUAGCCCCUGUUAGAUACUGAAAGGACUCCAUCAGGUCUCCCCAGAGCCUUCCCUUCUCCAAGAUGAGAUGUACUGGGGCAAAUAGAAGAAAUCAUUUCUCAACUCUAGCUUCUUCUUUUCCUUAUGGACUGUAAUCUGACAGAUCCUGUCUACUUGGAGUCAUUUGAAUGUGCUUCCAGCUCCAUAAAUGGCAGAAAUGCUUUCUGAAGAGUUUGUGUCUCUUUCUCCUGUUUGAAAAAGGGCCACAAAGAUGAUCAAAGGGCUAGAAGACCUCUCCUGUGAGGAAAGACUGAACAGGCUAGGUCUUUUCACUCUGGAGAAGGCCUAAGAAGGACCUCAUCAUAGGAGUUAAAAAGAGCUCCUGAAAGAAGACGAAGGCUCUGUCUUUGCAAGGAGCCAUACAGAGAAGGUAACGGGCAGCGAGUACAAUUUGCACUGGGAGAGGUUUUGUGCAGAUGUAGGAAAGAGGUUUUACAGUGAGAACUGUCAGUCACUAGAAUAACCUCUCGAGGGGCAUGGUGAAAUCCCCUUCACCGAUGGUUUUCAGGAUGCCCAACUAGAGACACUAGAUCUCAUCUGGUGUCCCUUUUCCCACAAAAGGAUGGACUUCAUGAUCUUUUGAGAUCUCUUUCAACCUGAACUGUUGUGUGAUUCUACUCCCUUUGUAAAACAAAUUAUGAAGCUUCCUGCUCUUUUGAACAAAACCUGGAGGAGUGAAGGGCUUGCCGUUUCACAUCAUGUUAUCUUUCUGCCUAAGUAUAUUUUGGUCUUCUUGGGACUUUUGGGAAGUUGUGUAUGCCCCAUCUCUAGAGAUGUUUAAGACCAGGUUGUGUGGGGCCCUGGCCAGCAAAAUCUAGUUGGUGGCCCAUGGAAGGGGGUUGGAACUACAUGAUUUUUAAGAUCCCUUUCAUCCCAAAUCAUUCUAUGAUUGUGUGAUUCUAUCACUGCCAACUGCUGCGCAGUUGAAAGAUGCAAAUAGCUUCACAGAAACAAUACAUAAAUUCUGGUUGAGGGCGCUGAAAGUGUGUGGAAGUGCACAGAAUGUUAUGCUACUGAGAAAAAGGUGAGGAUCUCAUACUUCCAGGUAGCUAGACAGACCAAGUCUCUGAUUUCUUAAAGAUCUCACGGCAGUAAUAAUUUCAGCGUAUAGCUCUGGCAAGUGCAGUAGCACUAGAUAACUCACAGUCUGCCUAAUAGAGACAAAUGGCUAUGGGUGCACGUCACAUUCGAGUUGAGUCAAAUUAAUUUAAUUUGUUCAUUUUACAAAUUGAAUUGUUUCAGCUAAUUACAUAGCGUGGAAAAAAUGUGACGAGGGUGCUCAGACAAGAAAACUUCCUUUUGGCCUCUACUAAGUUAAUGAAGCUAUUAAAGAAAAUGUGCAUUCAGAGUAUGGGAACAGUGUCCAUCUCAUACUGAACUUUGCUGUUACACUUCCUGUUAUCAUUUUUUUUGUUGGUUUUUUUUGGGUUGCCAGAUGCAGCCUUUCACCAUAGCCCCAUAUUACGCUGGGGAAGCUCUCCUUAGCCAUUCUGCUCUACACAAGGAGCCUAUCUUUAUCAAUUAGAUGAGGACAUCUCAGCUAGGUCUGUAACACUGUCCCCCUGCCGUCUGUAAUUCUGAUAAACCAAUAAAAAGAAAAUGUUCCAAGUUCUACUUCUUGGACCACGGCCUGUUCUAGGUGAGUUUAUGAAGUUAUAGAUAUCGAAGUUCAUUGUCAAUACAUACAAAAAUAUGACAAAUUCAACUAUUUGAGUUACAUGGAAAUUACCCUGUGUGAAAUUACCCUGUCCUCCCAUGUGGAAUAUCCUUUAGUAGUUUAUAGUAUUUUUACUCUGUCCUAAUUUUCAUUUGUGUUUUUUGUUUUUUUUUUACUUGAAUUUUUUGAAAGUAAAGCCAGCAACAUCUAUGGUAAUGUAAAUGUCUUUGUGUUUUUUGAAAUCUAGGUUUAUUCAAAUGCUCCUUUUUGCACUGAUGCCUCUAUUUCAGCAACUUUGCUAAAGAAUGCUUUAGCUGCUUCUGAUGUUACCAUCCCACUUUUAUUCCUUCUGAAAUACUUUUUAUGACAUAAAAGUAGGAAAGCAACAGGCAGAGUUCAGACCCCUAUCGUACAUGGAGGAGUACAGACAUGCAGUAAGGUUGUUCUUGCUUAGAAAACUUGAAACAAAAACUUGUAAAGAAAUGUGAGACAAAUACUGUCUUUACUGUAUAAUGAUGCUUCAGCAUAGAGUGGGGAGCUGAGUUUGGAAGACUUGGAUCAGUACUGCUGUAGUUGACUUCUUCCUAAUUUUGUGUCCAAGUCACAGUCUCUUACUGACCUUCCUUACUGCAUAUGUUUUGGUAUGUUAUGUGAUCUACUUGAACACAUGUAGAACAGUUACUUUAGCAAGGGAAUUUGAACGUAGACAUAAUACUGUUGCCCGAGGUAGUCUAAUGCAGCUUUUAUGAAUGCUACUCGAUGAGGACAGACUCUGAAGCUAAUCCACUGAAUUAGAAGUCUACUUUUUGCUAAGCGUGUCUGUUUUAUUGUUUCCAUAUGGUAGUUGUCUCCUUUUCUUUUCCUUUUAAAAUUUCUGUGUUGCAUCCCAUCUGUUCUGUAUUCUCUAAGCCUCUGGGGCAGGUGCUGUUGUCCCUUUAUGUUUCCACUGUGCCUGGGAGGAACUUCAGGUUCUACCAGAAUGUAGUGAGUACAAAAGUAAAGUGGAUCUCCUGAAUGUUUAACUCUGUGUUAACUCUAACGGCACCGAAUGUAAGGUCAAUUGCAUGUUUAAGUUUUACUACUAAAAUAAUUGUGUACAUUGUAAAUUACGACUAAUGUCACAGUGAGCUGUGGGAAUUGCUUUGGAAGUAGGCAGCAAUGUCAGCUUCCAAUAUGUCCCUGACUGAAAAUGGCUGAGCGCUGCAGGAUGGAUUCACUGAAUCAAGUCUCCUUGGACUUGAGAGAAAACAUUUUGUGUUCACCCUGAUCUAUAUUUCAUGUAAAUGACUUUAAAUUAUGACACAAUAACCUAUGCUCUGUCAAAGCGUGUUUCAUUUCAGGUGGAAAAUUUUAAAACAUUGAUUACUAAAAAGCUUCAUGGUUUCCUUUUGCUCCCAAAGUAUGAGUGUAAACCUUCAGAACUUUGUAACUUACAACAGAGGUUAAAAAUCGGGUAUUUGCAAAAUCACAGAAUGUCUGAGAUGGGGAGGGAGCUCUGGAGCUUAUUUACUUUGACCCCCAGCGCUCAAAGACAGGUCAGCUGGAGAUUGUAUCCAGAUGAUUUUGAGUCUUCCCAAGGAAGGAGACUACACGACCCCUUUUGGCAACCCUCACAGCACCAGUUUCUUAGUCUUAAGUAAAAUACAGGAAAUAACAACAAUUUCCUACAUUUCUAUUGGUGCCUCUUGUCCUUUCACUAGACAUGACUGAAAGAGUCUGGCUCCAUCGUCUUUACUGCCUCCCAUUGUGUACUUGUACACAGGUAAGAUCAACCUGAACCUUCUCUUCUUCAAGCUGAGCAGUUGCAGCUCUCUUAGUCUUUCCUUAUAUGUUAGAUGUUCUUAGCUUUUAAUCAUUUUAUGGCCCUUUGGUGGUCUUGCUGCAGGACAUCCAAGUCUCACUUAUACUAGGGAGGCCGGAAUUGAAUGUCACUCCACACCAAUAUCUCAGCUCUCUCAACCUGCUGGCAGCAAUCUUCCUAACACAGCUGAGGGUGCUGCAAGGGUAUGUUGGUGGGUCUUGGCCAGUUUGUAUUCCACCGGAUCCUCCAUUUCAUUUUAUGCUUUCUAGCUGCUUGGCACUCUACUUGCAUAGGGGCAUGGGGUUGUUCUUUCCCAGGAGCAGGACUUUACAUUUCCCAUUUGUUGAACUUCAAGAAGUUACUGUCAGCCCAUUUCUCCAUCAUGCCCAGGCCUCUCCAAGUGCAACUGAUGCCUCAGCAGCUACUUCUGAUUUCAUUUUGUCUGCAAAAUAGGUGAGUAUGUUCUCUGUCUCAUCACACAAGGUAUUAAUGAAGAUAUCAAAAAGUAUUGGAUAUUACUAGUGACUGCAUUCAAGUUGCACUUUGUGCCAUUUGAUAACUACCCUCUGAGCUCAGCAGUUUGAACAGUUUUCAGAUCACUUCACUGUCUGCUUAGUCUAAUUUCUGUUUAGUCAGUUUCUCUCUGGGGAUACUGUGGGCAUCCCUGUCAAAAGGAUUGCUGAAGUCAAUAUAAAGAGUAUUCACUGCUCUCUCCUUGUCCACCAAGCCUGUCAUUUUGUCACAGAAGGUUAUUAGGUUGGUCAGGCAGAUUUCCCUCUUCUUAAAUCCUUGUCAUCUGCUCCUAAUCUCCUUCUCCAUGUGUUCCAAUGGCUUCCAAGAUUGAUUAUUUGCUCCAUCACAUUUCUGGAGAUCAAGGUGAGGCUGAUUCCCCCAAAGUUUCCCCCAAAGUUUCCCCCAAAGUUUCCCCCAAAGUUUCCCCCAAAGUUUCCCUAUAGUUUUUCCUGCCCUUCUUGAAGACAGGAGUGACAUCUACUUUCUUCCAGUACUCAGGAGUGUCUCCUCAUUGAAAGAAUUUCAAGGGUGGCCUAACAGUGACAUCAACCAUCUCGCUUGGCAUUUGUGAUUGUAUGCUGUCAGGCUCCAUAGGCAUGAGUAUGUCCAAUACAGUCAAUGUUUCCUAGCUAGAUAUUUCUUCACAAGGGGUAAGUUUUCUGUGUUUCAUACUUUCCCUUUGGUCUUGACAGCUUGGGAUUUCUGUGGGCACUUCUUAACAGUAAAGACUGAAGUAGAUGGAUUUAGAUUAGGCCAUUUCUAUUACCGCUAUGUCUGCUGUGCCAUUCAGUCAAAGGCCAGUGUUUUCUCUCAUCUUUAUUCUGCAGCUGAUACAAACAGAAUCACAGAACUGUGGGAGUUGGAAGGGACCUCUAGAGAUCAUCAAGUUCAACUCCCUUGACAAAGCAGGUUCCCUAGACAGAUUGCAUAGCUAAGCAUCCAGGCGGGUCUUGAGUAUCUCCAGAGAAGGGGACUGUACUACCUCUGGACAGCCUGUUCCAGUGUUCAGUCACUAUCACAAUAAAGAAGUUCUUCCUCUUAUUUGUAUGGAUCUUCCUGUGUUGCAGUUUUUGCCCAUUACCCCUUGUCCCAUCACUGCACAUCACUGAAAAGAGCUUGGCCCCAUUCAUUUGACUCCCGCACUUUAGAUAUUUAUAACAGUGAUUUGUUCUGUCUUCUCCAGGCAGGUCUCCACAUCUCUCAGCCUUUCCUCGUAAGGCAGAUGGUGCAGGCCCCUAGUCAUCUCUGUAAUCCUCUGCUGGACUUCUUCAGUAAUCCCCUGUCUGUUUUGAGCGGAGGAGCCCAGAACUAGCUAUGGCCAGAUAUGGCCUCAACAAGGCAGAUGAUAUGGGGAGGAUCACCUCCCUCGACCUGCUGGCCACACUAUUUAUAGUGCACUCAGCAUACCAUCGGCUCUCUUAGCUACAGGGGCAUACUGCUGGCUCCUGGUCAACUGUUUGUCCACUGGGACACCCAGAUCCUUCUCUGCAGAGCUCCUUUCCUGCAGGUCACCUCCUAUUCUGUACUGAUGCAUGCGGUUAUUCCUCCCCAUGAGUAAGACUCUGCACUUCUAUUUGCUGAACCUUAUAGGAUUCCUCUCUGCCCAACUUUCCAGCUUCCCAGGUCUUGUGGAAUGGCAGCAGUUCUGGUGUGUCAGCUACUUCUCCCAGCUUUGUAUCAUCAGCAAACUCACUGAGUGUGGACUCUGUCCUUCCAGCUGUGUUGCUGAUGAGAACGUUGAACAAGACUGGGCCCAGAACUGACCACUGGGGAACACUGCUCACUAUGGGUCUCCAAAUGGACUCUGCACCACUGAUCACAACCCUCUGAGCUCUGACAGUCAGCCAGUUCUCAAUACUGCUUAUUGUGCACUCAUCUAUCCCACUCUUCUUAAGCUUACCUAUGUGCAUGAUAUUGAAGACAGUGUCAUAAGCGUUGCCAAAGUCAAGGCACACAACAUCCACAGCUCUCCCCUUGUCUACACAGCUGGUGAUGUCAGAGAAGGAUGCCAGAUUGGUUGAGCAUAGUUUCCUCUUGGCGUAUCCAUGCUGACUACUCCUGAUAACCAUCUUUUCUUCCACUUGCUUGGAGAUAGCAUUUGAGACCAGUGAAGACAUGCAAAGCCAGAUAUGACUUAGAUACAAAAAUGCUGAUAAAACAGGAUGCUGAAGAAUGUUUGUGAGAUGAAAGUUGAUGAGGGCAGGCAAAGUGAAAAUGCCAAAAGUGGGGAAAUAGUCCCCUCUCCAUUGAGGGGGAGGCUUUGUGUAUUCAUUUAAAUACUUCAGUGAAAAAUAUCUGUAUGCUCUAUGAUCUGUAUGCUGUUCAUAGUUUGUCUGAACUUGUGUGUGUAUGGAGGCACACACUUGCAUGCAUAUAGAGGCCAAAGAAAUUAUUUCUCAGUGUAUAAAAAUUGUUUGACUCUGCUUUAAAAAGAAAAGAAUCCACAGUUUGUAUAACCCACCCUAUAUGAGAUCAUGUAACUGAAAUAUUUAUAUAGCAUUUCUUCCAUGGCAUUUAAAAAUGAUGAACAACAAAUAUCAAGUCAAAUUCUGUCGUGUGUCAUUGCACAAGGCAGCUUGUUCCAUUUUAUUAGUAUUUUAAUAGUUCUUCCUGCACCCAUGUGUCUGAUCAAACAGUAUAAAUGCCAGAUAGGUUAUAAUGUAGCAUCACUUCUGGAUGCAUUGGCUUUUAAAGUUAAUCUUGAAUAGGAUACUUCACAGAGAAUUUGCUUUGUCAAAUAGUGCUGUUGUGCUCUUUCUGUCUGUUGUAAUUUCCAUGGAAGUAAAUGGGAGGCAUUACUUUUGGAGUGCCCUAUAUUCACAAAAUUAAAAGUUAACCGUCUGUAAGUCAGAGAUUUUGUAAUAAAAAAUAUGCUUCCAGAUUUUCACAUUCAGUUAGCUGCUGCUUGGAAGAAAGAGGGAUUACAUUCAGAGUAUUUCUAUGAAAUGUAUCUGGUUCCUUUAUGCAACAACCUGCUACGUGGAGUAGAGGAGAAAAGCAAAUCCCGGCCUUGAUGUCAAAACAAUGUAAAUUAGUUUUUAAAUGUUGACUUGUGUAACAGGCAAGGCAUGGAAACAAAAGCAUUGCCUGGAGUAGCGAUGAUGAAUAUUUCAUCUUACUGACAAAGAGCAACAAGAGGCUAAAUCCUAAAGCAAAUGCUGUGCUGACGAUGCACUCUCACUAUGACAGUAGCGGUAUUUGCAGUCCCAGCUGCACUCAAGCCGGUGCUAUAAAAGCACCCAUUUCUCAAAAUACACGUUGCUGCUACUUGUCCUUCACUGGCCCUUAGUCAGAGGAAUGAGCUUUGGUCUGUUUGGCAUUGGACAAAAUUGGAACAAAAUUUUUCGGACCCAGAUGAAGCUAGAGGCAUUCUGGCAUCAUUGGCUCUUCUGGAAUUGUAACCCUGACAAGAAGUAUAGGUUGGUGUUACAGCACACUGCUUUGUGUGUAACCCAGCCUUUCUCUAACUUUUUUCGAAUAUACAACACAAAUGCCUUACGAAAAUUGAAUGCUUAUCUUCAGUGAAACGUAGAAGGAAGAAUGCCACUGCUAUUGCUGCGUGGCUGUGAUAUUUAGAGGGGGACUCAUGGCCUUGAGUAGCAAGCACUCACUACUUGUUGGGGAUUGUUUUAAGUCUAAUGAGCUGAGAGGUAAUGAGUUGAUUGUGGAUUAAGGGAGAUGCUUCUCUGUCAGUGUAUUCUAACGUGUGCUCUGUCUUUUCCUAGCACCCACUUGUUCAGUAUUCUCUGCAGCCUGACAUAUGAGACUCAAAGGGAAUUAGAGAAUGUUGCUUCUAAAUUACGGAAUUACUGCCUUAUGGUAACCAUCAGAAUGAGGACUUCCUUUACACUUUUUCUUCUUUAUUUUUUUCAGCUUGCAAGUUUUCCACAUUCUAUGCUUAAGAUUGUUCACCAUCACUGCAUCCAUUCUUUGUCCAGUCUUUCAUGCAGUCCUAACACUGACACCAGUUUCUUGUUUCCUACUUACCUUACAUGCUAUUACACAUUAGCAUUUCAAGAGCUACUAUUACUGAUGAUUUGGAGAAACAGAUGUGGGGAACUUAGGUGGAGAGCUGUUUUAAAGGUGAGGAAGCAGGUGAAAAAAAAUGUUCAGGAGAUGUGUGGAUUGUGAUGUGGUAAAGGAGGGGUAGGCAGAAAGCACAAACUGAAUCCUUGAGUUACACACAGCGCUUAAUUUGAUAAGGCAGAGUGGAACAGUAGCUUAGACUACUUAGCCCCCUGAGCAAAGCUUCUUGCAAGGAGGAUCUUUUGCCUUACAUUAAAAAGCUUCUAGUUUCCCUUUUGUCUUGCAGCCUGAGUAGGAGGGUAUGGUAAAGUUAUGUUCCUAGCUUCUUUAUGCCAUCCUUUUGAGAUUGCAGUCACACAGAAACACAGAAUUGUAGGGGUUGGCAGUGGCCACUGGGGAUCAAGUCCAGCCCCCCUGCUAAGGCAAGUUCCCUGGAUCCUGACUAUCUCCAGAGAAGGAGACUCCACAACCUCUCUGAGCAGCUAGUUCCAGAGCUCCACUACUCUCACAGUUAGAAGUUCCUCCAUAUGUUUGUAUGGAACUUCCUGUGAAGCAGUUUCUACCCACUGCCUCUUGUUCUAUUGCUGCAUGCCACUGAUAAGAGCGUGGAGCCACUGACUCCUGCACUUUAGGUAUUUAUAAUUAGUGAUGACAUCCCCUCUCAGUCUUCUCUUUUCCAAGCUGCAGAAUCCCAUAUCUCUCAGCCUUUCCUUGUGUGGGAGAUGUUUCAGACCCCCAAUCAUUUUAGUGGCCCUUCACUGGACUCUCUAGAAGUUCCCUGUCUUUUUUGAACUGAGGAGCCCAGAACUAAACACAGUACUCCAGAUGUGGCCUCACCAGGGCAGAGGAAAUGGGGAGGAUCACCUUCUCUGGCCAGCUGGCCUCACUCUUGUUCAUGCACCCAAAAUAUUGUUGUUUUUCAUGGCCAACCUGAUAUCCACAGGUUAUCUGAGGACCUUCUCCUCAGAGCUCCUUUCCAGCAUGUUAUCCCCUGCUGAGACCAAUGGGAAAAAUCCAGAUUAUUUCAUCCCAAUUGUUUGUUCAGAAAUGUCUGUCAGGAAGAGGGCAGAACAGUCAACACCUUACUCCAACCUGUAGCCUAAUGUGGUCAUGAGGAUUCUGUAUUAUCUGUAACUAAAAGCAGCAGGUGGGUUGCUUCCAGCUCUGCUUCGUUGUGAGGUUCAGUCUCCCAUUUUGGAGCUGCUGCCAGGCUGCAGGGCACCCUUUCCACCUCCAUCAAACAGAAACACACCAGAAUCUCAGGCAGCAUCCGUGAUCCAGAGCAUUUCUGUUCCAGAUCACCACCUCACUCACAGCUGGGAUCUGCACCUCUGUGCAAGAGAUGUUAUUAGACUUUAUGGCUGUUACCUCAACAUUGAGAGCACAGCUUUUCUUCUUUUUGGAGGGUGGGACUCUACUGGUAGAUGAACCCAAUGCAGCUUUUAAUCCACUUUAUUGGGCUGCCAGUGGCAAAUGGAUCUUGGUCGUACAUGCUCUGCACUUAAGCACCCAACCUGGUUUGAGUGCUGCCUGCAGAUUCUCAACUCCAACGUAUUCACUGCAGUUGAUGUCUAAGAUUGGUAUAUUUUAAAUGGGAAUUACCAGCAUUACUGCAGUCGUAUUUCUGAUUGUACUGUAGGCAUACACUUUAUCCUCAUGCUUCAGGCGUUUUUGUAAUUAAUAAAUAAAGUAGAUGGGCCAAAAUAAUAAAAACUGAAGUUGCUAAAAUGAAAAUUGCCAUUAAUCUAAAAGCCCCAGUUUCUCUUCCCUUAGCACCUGGGAUAUUGCUUAAACCUCUGGAAAGGACAUUUCUGAAAAUGAUAAUACACUGUUUUUUUUCCCAGUCAUUCACUGACUAAACUCUCUAGAAGUAGACGUGGCUCCCAACCUUACUGCAGUUUGUCUUAAUUUCCACUGGGUACAGAGCGAGUAUAGUUCUAAGAUAAUAGGAUAAGAAGUAAUGUCAUGGAGAAAAGUUUCUUGGGAUAGUUUUUUCCUCUAGCAAAGCCCUCAUUUUAUUGCCGUUUAAAAAUUCUGUUUCACAGACCGACUCUCCAAUCAAGGUCCAGAUGCCUUUCUUUGAGUAGCCUCCCAAUGACCUCAGCAAACGUACCAAGAAAUGGCAUUACUCACUGGGAAUGCAGAUCCUGCGUUCAGCUCCUACUCCUUCAAUAAGUUGGAAAAUUUGUGUGAAGUGCAAACCGAGAAAGGAUUUUUCUACAGAAAGGCCAAACUUUUGCACCCCAAUGAAGACUUGUGCUACUUAGCACGCCUGGAUGACCGGACCAGGUUUGUGAUCAUCAAUGUAGGUGGUAUUAAAUACAAAAUUCCUUGGACCACCUUGGAGAACUGCCCUUUGACCAGGCUUGGGAAGCUAAAGUCUUGCAACAAUUACGAUGAGAUCAUGAACAUCUGUGAUGACUAUGAUGUUAGCUGCAAUGAAUUUUUUUUUGACCGUAAUCCUAGUGCCUUCAGGACAAUCAUGACUUUCUUGACAGCUGGGAAGCUGAGACUUCUCAGGGAGAUGUGUGCUCUUUCUUUUCAGGAGGAGCUUGUGUACUGGGGGAUAGAAGAGGACCACCUGGAGCGGUGCUGUAAAAAGAGAUUGCGACAGAAAGAGGAGGAGGCAGCUGAAGCCAGGAUGUAUGAAGGGGAGAUGAUGUUUAGUGAAACUACUCAAUGUGCCUUCCAGGACAAUAACUGGUUGAGUUUGUGCAUGAGAAAUCUCAGGGAUAUGGUGGAGAACCCCCACUCAGGGAUUCCAGGGAAGAUCUUUGCUUGUAUUUCAAUCUCUUUUGUUGCCAUCACUGCAGUCAGCCUCUGUAUCAGCACCAUGCCAGAUGUCAGAGAAGAAGAAGAUCGGGGUGAAUGUUCACAGAAGUGCUAUGACAUCUUUGUGCUGGAGACAGUGUGCGUGGCUUGGUUUUCAUUUGAGUUUCUCCUGCGGUCCAUCCAGGCAGAGAACAAGUGUGCUUUCCUGAAAACCCCACUCAACAUCAUCGACAUCCUGGCCAUCUUGCCUUUCUACAUCUCUCUCAUUGUGGAUGUGGCUUCCACAAAAAACAGCAGCAAACCCGGCGGGGGAGCAGGGAACAAGUACCUGGAACGAGUGGGCCUGGUGCUGCGCUUCCUGCGGGCGCUGCGCAUCUUGUACGUGAUGAGACUGGCCAGGCACUCGCUGGGGCUGCAGACUCUGGGGCUCACUGUGCGCCGCUGCACCAGGGAGUUUGGGCUCCUCCUGCUCUUCCUUUGCGUUGCCAUGGCCCUCUUCUCACCGCUGGUGUAUUUGGCUGAGAGCGAACUGGGAGCCAAGCAAGAAUUCACAAGCAUCCCUACCAGCUACUGGUGGGCUGUGAUCUCCAUGACCACCGUUGGCUAUGGGGACAUGGUGCCUCGUAGCAUCCCCGGACAGGUGGUAGCCCUGAGCAGCAUCUUGAGCGGUAUUUUAUUGAUGGCCUUCCCGGUCACUUCCAUCUUCCACACCUUUUCCCGUUCCUACAGUGAGCUGAAAGAGCAGCAGCAGCGAGCAGCAAGCAGGCAAAUGCACCAGCUGGAGGAAAGCACGAAACUCGCAGGUGGCAGCAGUUCCCAGUGGCUCGCUGCUGCGUCCCCUCCAGAUGCUGCCAGGGAGGGCGGCCGGCCAGAGCUGGACCAGGAAGCCAAGAGAAGUUGACUCUCCACGGCUAAAGAAGUGAGUUGGCAGCACAAGAAGCAGUGAACGUGAGGGGAAGGAUCAAUCUGCAAACAGAAUCCCCCAAACUGCAUAUAUUAGGGACAGACAGACACGAGAUUGUCCCUUAAGAGCAACUUUCAAUCUUAGGGGCUCACUGAAAAGUGUCCCUAGAAACUCUAUCAAGUACAGCUUUGCUCCAUCGCUAACUGUAGGGAAGCUCUUUUCUCCUGAGCACCUGUUUUUGUGAGUCCCUGGGAGCAGCCAGCCAGGAGGCCAUAAGGAAGUGGCACAGUAUGGCCGGGUGCUGCUGCUGGGCAGUGAGCGUGCCACCACCCCGUGCCAUGAAAGUCUGUUCCAGCAGCCCUGCCAUGGAACCCGAGGAACGCAAAGCUCAGACAACCAAAGGGAUGAGGAGAUGAGAAGGACAGAAGGAUCCCUUCAGCUUUCCAAGGGGCUUGGUUUGCUCUGUCUUAGAAAUCAGCACUAUGGUCUGGGCUGCCAGCCGCCAGCUCCAACCCAUGCUGCUGCUCAGUGUGCAUUAUUUAGUACAUACGUGUAUUUACCACAGUAAGCUUUGUAUCUUAGCCCCGUGACAGAAAUAUACAUAGACAAUCUUCCUGACUAUGGCACUGAAUGUUAAAUUGUUGGGUUCUUUUUCUUUGCUCACUGUAGAAUGUAACAAAUAGAAAUCACGUUUCUCCACCUUCUUCUAAUUCUUUCCAUCUCAAAAACAUAUUUAACAGAUGAAUAAGCCUCAAAUAUAUGCAGCCCAAGAAGGGGAGGGCAGUAUUAAGUCAGCAGUGGCUUCCAGCUCUGCAUGAUCUUCCCUGGCGGUGCUGUCAGUGAUUGCAGCCAUGUACAAACAGGGCUGCUCCAAGCUGCAAGAAGUCAGUGUAACUCCUCCAGUGAGCUCUGGCCCGAGCUGCAGUGCAGCAGCUGAGACCUGCAGUAGUUGUUCUUUCCUCCUACUCAGAAAAAGACAUUCCUCUCGUCUAAAAAUUAUAAUCAUUAUUCUGGCUGUUCCUCUCAAUUUUCCAAAAAAAUGCAGUCACUUGAAAGGGAAAAUGAAUCAUAUGGUAGCACCCCCAUGUUUGCUUACUGCUGCCGUUCCCGAGGGUUCUGAGGUACCCUAGUGUGCAGUUUCAGGCUCAGAGGAGCUGUGCAGCUGAGCUACACAUGUCAGCACACUGUGUGCAUUUCAGAGGACUCCUACUUUCAGGGAGUGGGAGGUGGAGCACAGUUGCCUCCUGUGCCUACACCUCUGUUGGUAUUCGCACAGCUGUAGGAACCAACCAUGGUGUCACCUUCCUGUUUGCCUCUUGCCAGGGAAGGGAGCAAGAGAUGUAUUAAAGGUGGGUUUUGUUGGGUUUUAUCAGCUUAUAUUAUAACGCCUACCCUACACUAGCAGGCUUCUGUACUGAGCCAUUCCUUAUAGGAAUGGAGCAAGGCAAAAUAAACGUUACACUUUAUUUUAAUACAAAUUGGAACCUUUGUUGUCGAACAAGCGCAUCUGGUGGUGCUUACGAUUCAGGUGACGCGGGAGGUGGUGUAAAGGCGUGCACCCAACAUUCAGCCCCAGUCCCCUCCGACAAACCAAACACAGCUGCCUGCACAGGGCUGCCACCUGUGACCUGCCCACAGGGAUCUCAUCUGCUCGUGCCAGCAGAAGGGCCAGGGGAUGCAGGAUGCUGCUGGGGCUGACUCAGACUCCUGGCAGAUCAAUAUCAGCAAUUACGUUGCUGUGACUCACUGCAGAUUUUAA